AUGGGCUGCCGCCAUUCCAUCGCAAACGAGGUCUCCAUUGAUCCGACCACACAGCCUCCGUCAGGGUACGGUAAGAUCUCGAUGGACAUUGUUUUUACUGAUAUCAUCGUGGAUGAGACGAGCAAGAGCGUCCCACUUGUCGAGGAGGAGGUUGAAGAGUAUGAGAAGCAGGUCAUCGUUACAACCCCAGCAGCUGAAGACAAGCCAAUCCCAACGGAGGAGCUGGUUAAAGUGGUCGUUGAAGAACCCGUCGUGGUCGAAGAGUCUAUUGUGGUCGAUGAGGCCGUUGUGGUCGAAGAGGCCGUUGUGGUCGAAGCAGAAAUGUUGGAGGAACCGACAAAUGAAGAGGAUGAAGCACUAGUCAAGUAUGAGACGAAGGAGGAGGUUGAGCAGCACGAAAAAAAGUCAUUGAUGCUGGAGGAGUUCGCCGUGACAAGCACGAGCGUUCCUGCGUGGACGUUUGUUGCCGAGAAUGUCGCGUUUACCGUCGGCGUCGCCUUCUUCAACAUUUCUGGAUGUAGUCCCGACGGAGACAAGGUGCAUCUGACCAAGAGGUACUCGGAGUUUAAGGUGCUUCAUGCCGAGAUGGCCAAGCUCAUGUCCAAGGAAGAACUGAUAGAUUUACCCGGCACAUCAUUCCUGCAGGGCCGCAACGACAAGGCUUUGCUACAGGAGCGCGAAGAUGCAUUUGUUAAGAUACUAAACGCCAUUGCGCAGCAUCCGGAGGGGUUUCAAAGCGCUGCCUUUAUCGCAUUCCUGGCGUAG